AUGUCAGCCGAUAUAACUACUCUACUCCCCACGAUCCCUGUCCUCGUGACGGCAACCUGUGCUGCACAUGUCUCUUUCUGCGUCUGGUAUUUCAGCCGACGCCCAUCACCUAAGGCCCCGCUCAUCGAAGCUCCUGCCCACUCGUAUUCCUGCACCCAACCCAAGCAAGACGUCCCACCACAGCCGAUACCAUUGAAUGCCGACCUUGGGGAGGGAUCCACCGCCUCCUCGAUAUCUUCAAGUGGACCGUGGACCCCAUCGUUAUCCCGUCCUUCGUCAUGGCAUCUUCCAGCCCUCGUCCCUCUCGACUCCUUCUCCGCGGAGAACAUCAAGUCAGUCUCCGACAUCAUUUCGACGCCUAUUAUCAGCGUCGCCCGCAUGGCGGUCCCCGCCUCCAUGCUCAGCAUGGCCGGCAUCCCUCCUGAAGAAGACGAGUCCAACAUACCCGACACCACGACGUUCAGUGAAUCCACGAUCUCCAGCGACUACACGACGUCCAGCGACUUCACGUCCUCCGCCUCCACCCUCGUCCUCAACACCCCGACGCCCGCCUCCGUCCCACACAUCUCCAUCACCGCCCCCACGCCCAACCUCAACAGCCCCGGCUCUCCCCACCCAAGAGUCCGUCACCCCGGCCCCCACAAGCGCACGCACCGUCGCUCCACGACCGCCACCCCCGGACUCGGCCUCUCCUGCGCACCCGCCCCAGCCCCAGCCUCCCCGCGCGUGUCGCCCUCGCACGCGCACCUCCCGACGCUCAAGUCGAUGCGCUCGCGCAUGACCCUGCGGUCCCCAGACGCGGCGGCGCCCCGCCGCCUCGCGCGCCCCGCGCGCCCGGAGAACUCGAUGGCGGCCGAGGUGCUCGUGACACGGUACGAGAACCCGUUCAAGCACCGGAAGCGCGCGCACACCGCCGCGCCGCCGCGGGAGGUCGUCGGGAAGGUGGAGGUGGAGGUGGAGGUCGCGGAGGUGGAGGUAGAGGUGGUGGAGGUGGAGUGUGUGGACGUGCCGUCGCUCACCCGGGAGGGCGGUCUUGCUGCCGUCGGCGCGACCAAGACGAAGCGCGGUGCGGUUAUGACGCGUUGCCGGACCGUUGUGGCGGCGCUGAUGCAUCGUGAGCUUCGGGAGGUGGAAGAGGCGAGCGAGGAGGAGGGGACGAAAGUGCAAGUGAAGACUUCUCACGUGUUGGGUCGUUUGUCGAGGCGGCACAAGACGGAGGAACCGGAGGCGGCGAACGUGAAGGGGUCGAUAGUCUUCAAUCGUCGACUCACGACUGGUCGGAGGUGA